UUGAAAGUGUGUUUUCAUAGCUGUUGUGUUUACGCGCUUGAUACAGAAUAUGCUAUGUGAGUGAGAUAUCAGUUUAAUCCUAAUUAACAACCACGUUUAGUUUUUGGAACGUUACAUAUUAAAUAUUUCCUAUGAAUGAUUAUCUUUACUGAUUAUUAUUUGUUAAGAAAGACAUGUUGGUUCAUGGGAGUGGAGUUGUUGCUAUCACAUAGCCUGGUUCGUCAUCUACUCUGUAUUUACAAAUUAACUUCAUUGUAUUUAUUCAUAAUUCCAUUAAUGUAUUAGCUAAAUACGUAUUAGCAAAACAUAUUUAAGGGUUUAACUCACUAAAAACACGCCAUGGCUCAACGUUACCACAGAGACCAUCAUCACGAGUCUGCUUAUAAAAGAUGUAGAGACUCCAGCAGUGAUUAUAACGCGGAUAAACGCCACAGAUCAUCAGAAGAAAGUCAACACGGAUCACCUGAGACUCUGAGCGCUCACAGACAGCAGUAUGAGAGAAAUUUCCCGCUCUACAAGCAGCCUGUGGAGGUGGGCUUCUUCUCUCUGGACUCUCACAGGAACUUCUUCAACGAUCAGAGGCAGCUGCGGUAUUAUGUGCAGCCCAGGAAAAGUCCAGAUUUUAAUUUAAGGGACGGAUACACCAGCCGCUUCGUAAAAAGAGAUGACAGCGUGAAAGAGAGGCUUGAUCAUUUGCUGCAGUGGAUUCGGGUCAACAGAGACAAGAUUCAGACCAGAGACCAAACACCCUCAUCCAGUGCUCUAGGAGUGGAUUUUGUGACAUGGAGAGGACACCUAACCAAAGUACUGACCACCCCAUACGAGACUCAAGAGGGAUGGUUGCUGGCCGUGUCCAAGUUCAGAGGCACCAUCUACAUCAGCGAGGUGGAAACGGAGGCUGCCAGAGUGAACCGAGAAACCCGCUCCGAGCGACAGGAAGAGAUGAUGUACUGGGGCUACAAGUUUGAGCAGUACAUGUGCGCAGAUGAUGUGGAUGGGACUCCAGACCCAGGGGGCAUUGUGAACACCAAUGAGGCGUUCUGUACAGUGGUUCAGACGCGUCUGGCCGAUCAUAAGCUGCUCUUCUCUGGAGAGGUGGACUGCCGGGUCAAAGACCCCGAUGCUCCUCCGGCACCAGGAUGUUAUGUGGAGCUCAAGACCUCCGCAGAGAUCUGCACCCCGAAACAACAAAGCAACUUCCACAGGUACAAGCUGCUGAAAUGGUGGGCGCAGUCGUUUCUUCCUGGAGUGCCACAGAUAGUUGCUGGGUUUCGAGACCAUGAUGGGAUAGUGGUGUCUGUUGAGACCUUCCAAACGUCAAAAAUUUCACAGCUCAUCAAGAAUGAAUAUAACUGCUGGAAGCCAACAGUCUGCAUGAAUUUCUGCAGUGAUUUCUUGUCCUUUGUCAAAUCGGUUGUCAAAGAGGAUGACCCAAGGCUGGUGUAUCUGUUCAGAUGGGAUCCACACAGAGACGUGACCUACACCGUCCACAGAGACUCUCAAUACACCUUCUUACCAGACUGGUACACCAAGGACAUGAAGAGCCAUCAUUCAUCUCACCACUGACGUACUGAGCUCACACCAUAUGCUGCACAUCAGGCAGGACGUGAGGACAUUUUAGUUGUUUAUGUGCUGUGCACAACUUGCCAUUGCUUGUUUUUUCUCUGGAUGUUCUGGAUUCGGUUUCUGGCCUGGGUAAGAAUGGUUUCAUCAAAUGUCAACAAACCUUUUUUACUUAGAUUUUUUUUAUGAUGUCCUCCUUUUAUCCUUUGUUAUAAUGAAGUGUUAGUUCACCCAGAAAUGCAAAUUCUGUCAUUAAUUACUCACCCUCGUGUCGUUCCAAACCCGUAAGACUUUCGUUCAUCUUCGGAACACAAAUUAAGAUAUUUUUGAUGAAGUCCGAGAGCUUUCCUGCAUAGACAGCAACACAACUGACACGUUCAAGGCUCAGAAAGGUAGUAAGGACAUUGGUAAAAUAGUCCAUGUGACAUCAGUGGUUCAACCGUAAUGUUAUGAAGCUACGAGAACACUUUUUGUGUGCAACUUUAUUUAACAAUACUCCUCCAAGUCAACAUCAUCUGCCAUUAUCAAGAGUGCCACGACACACGCGUGUGCAUUCCUCUGCUCAUAAACAACGCAUGGGAACAUUUCAUUUGCUUUACUGUCUGUGCAGGGUCAGAAAACUCUUGGAUUUCAUCAACAAUACCUUAAUUUGUGUUCUGAAGAUGAACAAAGGUCUUAUGGGUUUGAAGGGACAUGAGGGUGAGUAAUUAAUGACAGAAUUUUCAUUUUUGGGUGAACUAUCCCUUGAAAAUGUCUUCGAAACAUUUAACAAAAAAGCAAAUGUACAUAAAGUCAGGUUUAUUUUUUAACGGUUCUAGAAAAUAUGACAAUGUUCAUAGCAUAUUCUUAAAACAUAAGCAGAAAUAAUCUGUAAAUUUCUUGUAAAACUGAUCUUAUGUAAAUUCUUACAUUUCAUUUAAAGUGAGAAUUGAAGAAAGAUUUUACACAAUUUACAUUUUUCACUAGUCUGUUAUGAUGUGGAAGUCAACUUUGUGGCUGCGGUUUAUUAAUGUGUUCUCUCAGUUUAAUUGUAUCCUCAUUCCCUUGCUUUUAUUUAGUUAAAUCAUGAACACAACAAGGGAACAAACCAGUAAAAUGUAAGGAUUCAACUCAUACAAAUUAUUCUUUACAGGAUUUCUUUCAUAGCUUUUAU